AUGGGUCAGGCAUACUCUCUCACCACGCCGUACGCCGGCUCCGCGGGCAUCGAUGUCCCCGAACUCUCUGACCUCGUACACGAGAGGUCCCUCGGAGAUGCGCGCUUCAUGAAAUCUAUCCGCGCACGCAGCUACGAUGGGCUCGUUCUCGCCAAAGUUACCGUCAAACCACACACUCCCAUGUCCUUGAAAUCAUAUGGCGUCAAGAUUCUCAAGGAACGCGAUAAGCUUCAAGAUGUGCCCAACGCGCUGGGCUUUGAGCGCGCUUUCGAAACGGACACGAACGCUUAUCUGAUACGCCAGUUCAUGUACAGCUCGCUUUACGACCGCUUAUCGACGAGACCAUUCCUGGAAGAUAUUGAGAAGAGAUGGAUUGCUUUUCAACUACUAUGUGCGCUUCGGGAUUGCCAUGCACGGGACAUAUAUCAUGGAGAUAUCAAAACUGAGAAUAUCCUCGUCACCUCCUGGAACUGGGUGUAUUUGACAGACUUCACUGGGUCUUUCAAGCCAACCAGACUUCCCGACAAUAACCCGGCCUUAUACUCGUACUUUUUUGAUCUUUCAGGACGUCGAACAUGUUAUAUUGCGCCGGAACGAUUUCUCGCGCCCGGGGAAGAGGCAAAGGAGAGCGACAAGAUUACGUGGGCUAUGGAUAUCUUUAGUGCCGGCUGCGCUAUUGCCGAGCUGAUCCUCGAAACUCCCAUCUUCAGUCUCAGCCAGCUGUUUAAGUUCCGGCGUGGCGAGUUUGACCCCGUUAUAUCGCAUCUCAGUCGUAUACCGGAUCAGGGACUGAGAGAAAUGCUCUCCAGCAUGUUGGCCUUGGAUCCCGAGAAGCGAUAUUCCGCAGAACAAUACCUGGACAUCUUCAAGGGGAAAGUCUUUCCAGAAUAUUUCUACACAUUUUUGCACCAGUAUAUGGAGCUCUUGACCGAUACUUCAUCGGGACGCGCCCCUGUAUCUGGCGCUACUAAGAAUCUAGGCGAAGCCGACGAUAGGAUAGAUCGAAUCUUCUACGACUUUGACAAAAUCUCGUACUUUUUAGGCUACCACGACAAGGAGAUCAAGUCGGAUCUGACUCCUUUUACGCCACGGCUAGGCUUGGGUCUCUUCCCUGUCAUGCUCAGCAUUCCAAACAAUGAGCACUUUGUAUCGGUUAUCGCUCAGCCUGCGGCCGAUGACGGUACCCUGAUAUUCCUUACAAUGGUUGCUGCAUCUCUACGGAAUACAGCACGAUCGGCCUCGAAAAUCCGUGCCUGUGACGUCUUGUUGGCCUUUUCAGAACGACUUACGGACGAAGCAAAGCUAGACCGCGUCCUGCCCUACCUCAUGACGCUGCUUAACGACGAUGUUGACGUGGUGGCAAUCGCUGCCUUGCGCUCUGUGACGCAGCUACUGGCAAUGGUUUCUGCAGUAACCCCUGUGAAUGCCCACGUUUUUCCCGAAUACAUCAUGCCACGGAUGCAGGUUUUCCUGGCUGGCGCGUCCCGCCAGUUGGUAAUGGGGAAAGAGCGUCGAGAGCCGACCUCGCUGAUGAGAGCCACCUAUGCAUCAUGCCUAGGGAGUCUGGCAAGCACAGCGAGCAGGUUUCUGGAGAUGGCUGCCAUACUUCGUGCUGAAGGGUCAAUAGCUACUGCAGACCCUGAAAUCGAAGCUGGAACUGAUGCAGAGACUGCAUUUGACUCUCUCUUCGAUAAUGCCCAAAGAGAACUGGUGGGUCUCUUUGAAAUGCAUGCCAAGGCCAUGGUUGAAGAUUCAGACGCAGCCGUUCGCCGGGCUUUUCUGAGUUCGGUCCCAGAGCUGUGCAUGUUCUUUGGAAGCGCAGAGUCAAACGAUAUCCUCUUGACUCACCUCAACACAUAUCUCAACGAUCGUGAUUGGAUGUUGAAGUGUGCCUUCUUUGACACUGUCGUGGGCAUUGCUACUUUUCUCGGAAGCACGAGUCUAGAAGAAUUCAACCUGCCACUAAUGGUGCAGGCAUUGGCAGACCCGGAAGAGCACGUAGUUCAAGCUGCCAUUCAUUCACUGGCGGAACUUGCAAGUCUUGGUCUCCUCUCUAAAGCGAAGACCUGGGAGCUCAUCGACGUCGUCGGGCGUUUUACGAUGCAUCCAAAUUUGUGGAUUCGUGAGUCGGCAGCAGAGUUUCUGUCCAACGCGGCCAAAUUUAGCUCGUCUGCAUCCAUCAGAUGCGUUGUCUUACCACAAGUACAACCAUUUCUGAAAGACUCCCUUAUCCCCGACUUUUCUGAGUUGGGCCUUCUCGAAGCUCUCCAAAGGCCGCUAUCGAGAACAGUCUUCGACCAAGCACUCGUAUGGGCACAAAAGGCUGAGAAGAGUCUGUUCUGGAAGGCUGUACAAAAACAGAAGCAGUCCAACUUCACAAUCACUACUAUGGGAAUGGUCAGAACUUCGAGAGAGCCUCAAUCCCUUGCUUUGAGUAAGACUCCAAAGAAUGAUGAGGAUGAACAGUGGCUCUCACGACUCCGCAAUUACGGGCUCACUCCAGACGAUGAGUUCAAACUAAUUGCGCUCCGGGAGUUUAUUUGGCGCUUGAGCAGAAUGAAGGAUCGGGAGCCUGUAUUACCAGAGGGCGGUACAGGCCUGGCACCGAUCCUCCUGCUGCGCAACAUCAUGGAAAAGUUCCAGGUGCAAACGAUCAUGUUCGACGACACGGUGCCACCACUUGCGCUGAAAGAUGGCGAAGUCGGGCUAGAUUUGUCCAAGGGCCCGUAUACCAUUGCCGAUGCUUUGCUUGAUGCUUCAAUGACGAUUGAUGAACCACUAGGCCGCAGAAGGGUCGCUGCUCUCAAUACUCAUCGGUCCCGUCUGGGCGCACAAGGCGAUGCUGUUUCUCCCAGAACAUCCAUCUCCCCCACUGCUGGGCAAGCAUCAUCUUAUCCAGAUGGAGAGUCGCGGCGCGCAUCCUCUGCCGUACGGGGACGCCAGGAAAACCGCGAUGAUGCCACUGACGCAUCCGAAAGACCGUACUCAGUCCGGCGUGCUUUCCGCCCACAGUCAAGCGCUCUGGAUUUGUUGAGAAAAGAUAGCAAUAGAUCAAUGGCAGAGACCGGAACUACCGAAACUAAUGCUUUUGGCCAAGUUGAAGGUCCUUUUGUGCCAAACGCACCCAAGAUCUCUUUGCCCGGCUCUGCCGGAGAAAACGUGGACUUGACCACCGUCAAUGACACGGAAGGAAGGCAGAAAGCCUCGCAUACUUAUGAAGGCAAUGAUCCAAACAUUCUGAGGAUGUUGGAUGGAAUGUUUAUCGACAAUUAUCCUCACGACAUCGCCGAGUUUGGCCCUGUCGUGACUCCCGUUUCGAGAAAGACGAACAAAAAUGCGGCGCAAGCACCAGCAGAAGCUUGGAGACCAAAUGGCAGACUUGUGGCCACUUUUGCUGAACAUACAGGAGCCAUCAACCGUAUUGUGCCGUCCCCCGACCACAUGUUCUUCAUCACUGGCGGUGAUGACGGCUGCAUCAGAGUAUGGGACUCGGGUCGAUUGGAACGUAAUGUGUCGCACCGUGCACGCCAAACCCACAGGCAUGCCCCGGGAGCAAGAGUUGUCGCAUUGUGCUUUAUAGAAAAUACACAUUGCUUCGUCAGCUGCGCUACAGACGGGUCAGUGCACAUUGUCAAGGUUGACACCGUUAUUUCAAGUAACGGAUCGCCAAAGUAUAUUCGGUUGCGACUGCUUCGGGAGUAUCAGCUCCCUGCUGAAGAAUAUGCCGUCUGGUGCACACAUUUCAAACUCGACCUUCCCUCAGUACUUCUUCUCGCAACCAAUCGUUCUCGGAUCUUAGGCAUCGACCUUAGGACAAUGACACUCCUCUAUACUCUGGAGAAUCCAGUACACCACGGUUUCCCUACCUGCUUUGUCGUUGACCGGAAGCGCUAUUGGCUUUUACUUGGCACAUCACAUGGCGUUCUCGACCUGUGGGAUCUACGUUUCAAACUUCGCUUGAAGAGCUGGGGUAUUCCUGGAAAAUCUCCAAUCCACCGGUUGGCCUUACACCCGAGCAAAGGUCGUGGCAAGUGGGUGUGCGUCGCUGGCGGUACUGGUCUCCCGGAAGUCACCGUUUGGGACUUGGAGAAAACCCAGUGUCGUGAGAUUUAUCGAGCGGCUGGAGCAUCGUCAAGGGAAGGUCCGAAGGAAUACAAGGCCUGGGAUGUCGAUGAGGACAAACCCGAAGGUAUGCUCGGCCGUUUCGCCACCAGUAUUGAGCCCUCAUCACAGACGGUGGACCGGUGUGUCAAAGCCAUGACCGUGGGAGCCGGAACAACAGGUGACCACGAUCGUGAUGUUCGAAACGGGUACAUCAUCACUGGUGGUGCAGACAAGAAGCUGCGCUUCUGGGAUCUCAACAGGAUUGAGCAAAGCAGUGUUAUUAGUGGUUUAGUACCAAACGAUGAUGCUGGCGCGACCAAGCCUGUUUUCGUUGCACAUACCUCGCCAAACAAUCCCAACCUCACCCUCAACCUGGAGCGAUUGCCCAAGACAUCAACGAAUGCCGAGCAGACAGCCGGAAAGAAUGGCGAGACUGCACCAUCCAAGAAAAGGGAAAAGCCGCCUAGACAUACUGUUAUUUCCGCAGAACAGGGCAAGCUUCUUCGGAGCCAUCUAGACACGAUCCUCGACAUUGCAGUCCUAGAGCAUCCAUACACAAUGACCGUCUCAGUCGACCGCUCGGGGGUGAUUUUUGUUUUCCAGUAG